AUGGAGCAGACUUGGGGCGGCUGCUCCCGCCUGGAGGCGCGUGCGUCUGAGCUGGCGCUGGAGGGUGACAGCCUGGGGCGCGGCCUCAAGGCGGCGGCGGGGGCGCGGGAGAAGGCGCUGGUGGAGCACGACGCGCUGAAGCUGCAGGUCAAGCGCCUGCGCGGGCUGCUGUCCAUGGCGGCCGACGAGGUGACGUCACUGGAGGCGCGCAAGGCGGCGCUGAAGCUGGGGCUGGAGGAGCGGCGCGCAGAGGUGGAGCUGCACAGGGAUGCCCUGAGGAGCGAGCUGCGUCUGGUCAAGGAGGACCUGCACCGCGUCACACUGGAGCUCAGGGACAGGGAGGCCAAGGCCGAGAAGCUGGAGUCAAAGUUUGGUGCGCUGUCGUCCAAGAGCCGCGCCACAGACCCAGAAGGGGGGGAGCCAAAGAGCCAGGCCUAUUACGUCAUCAAGGCCGCCCAAGAGAGGGAGGAGCUGCAGCUGCAGGGCGACCAGCUGGACUCCCAGAUCGCCAAGGCCGAGUCCGAGGUUGCGGCGCUGGAGGGCACCCUGGGCCAGCUGCAGGCCACCAACACCGCGUUCAGCGCCAGCCUGCGCGGCGGGGAGGACGACGCCGCGCGCGCCAAGGCGGCGGCGGUCAGGCGCCUGCGCUUUGCCGCCCCCUAA